AUGGCCGGCCACUUCAGAUCAACACACCCAAGGAGCGCGUUUCCCGAUCUCCCGCAGUUCUCGGGCUUCAUGAAGCCAUGUCGUUUCGAGGGAGAGGUCCAGAAUCUCGAAAUCCGUGGCGAAAUACCCUCCGAAGUCGACGGCACAUUCUAUAGAGUCAUGCCAGAUCCGCAACUGUCCCCACUCAUCGAAAAUGACCCGUGGUUCAAUGGAGACGGCAACAUCAGCGCGUUUCGAAUAAAGGACGGGCACUGUCAUUUCAAGCAGAAAUACGUCAGAACCGAAAAGUUCGUGAAAGAGAGAGAGGCGAAACGAGCCUUGCUUGGCAAGUACCGCAAUAAGUUUACCGACGCUGUGGAAUUCAAGGUUCGAAGCACCGCAAAUACCAACGUCCUGUUCUUCAAUGGCCGUCUGCUUGCCUGCAAAGAAGAUUCUCCGCCAUAUUCUCUCGACCCGGAAACGCUCGAAACAAUUGGUCUGGAAGGUUUCGAUGGCCAACUGCCCUGUUUGACUUUUACAGCUCACCCAAAACUCGAUGGCGACGAGCUUCUUUGCUUCGGCUACGAAGCUAAGGGUGAUGGCACUCCCGACGUGUGCUACUUUACUAUUGAUUCUACUGGAAAAUUCACUGAAACUGUAUGGCUUGUUGCACCUAUCGUGGCGAUGAUUCAUGAUUUCGCCAUCACAAAGAAUUGGGUAUUGUUUCCAAUUAUUCCACAAAUAUGCGAUUUUGAACGUAUGAAAAAAGGAGGCGAGUACUGUUAUACCGUUAAUGCUUAUGAAGACGAUUCGGGCAAUUUGGUGUUUGAUCUGCCACUCACAGAUAAGAACACAAUUGCAGCAAAACUCCUCCGAUUCACUUUCGAUCCUCACUCUACCGAUCUCGACCUCCCAGAGUCUCAAAUCAUUGGCAGCGAGGACUGUGAGUUCCCUCGCAUUGACGAAAGAUUCUCAGGAAAAAGGCAUGUGCAUGCAUUCUUUGAUUUGAUGGAUCCGCGGUUGGGAACUGACUUUGGAACAAUUGCACCUAGAAUGGGCGGUGGACACCCGCUAUACAAUGCAUUGGGCCAUCUUGACUACAAGUCUAUGAAGAUUCAAAAGUACUUCCCAGGUCGAACACAUCUAGUGCAGGAACCGGUCUUUAUUCCAAGGAAAGGUGCAGAUACGGCCGAAGGCGACGGUUGGGUUGUGGCUCUCGUCAAUAACUAUGCUACCAUGGGCAGUGAGUUGCAUAUCGUGGAUACUAGAGACUUUGAAAAAUCGCAAGCAGUCAUUGAUUUGCCGGUACGACUAAGGGCUGGCCUGCACGGUAAUUGGGUUGACGCAUAG